AUGGAAAUGCAGGAUCUAACCGGCCCGCAUAGCCGACUCAGUGAUACCAGCGAGUCUCCGGGGGGCCCCGAGCUUGGUAACGCUCCUGCCGCCGGACGUUCCAUGACACCCAAUGGCACUGAAGUUAAAACAGAACCGAUGAGCAACAGCGAGGUAACUACACCAGGGGCAGACGGGUCUUUAGACAAUUUCUCAGGACCAGCCAUUGGGAGCAGCGGGUUCACCCCAAGACAAUCCCACCAUUUCUCCCCCCCACACAUCUACCCGUCCAACAGAUCAUACCCACAUAUUCUCCCUAACCCUUCCUCACAAACUAUGGCUGCAUAUGGGCAAACGCAGUUUACCCCAGGGGUGCAACAAGCCACAGCAUACACCCCCUACCCACAGCCGGGACAGUCCUACGGGAUCCCCCCCUAUGGUGCAUUGUGGGCAGGCAUCAAGACAGAAGGUGGACUGUCCCAGCCGCAAGGACCCGGCCAAGCGGGCUUCCUCAACUACGGGUCUGGAUUCAGCACACCCCAGCCGGGACAGACACCCUACAGCUACCAGAUGCAAGGUAGCAGCUUCACGACAUCUUCCGGACUGUACGCGGGAAAUAAUUCGCUCACCAACUCUUCGGGGUUUAACAACUCCCAGCAGGACUACUCGCCCUAUCCCGGCUUCAUCCAGGGCCAGUACGCGCAGUAUUACAACAGCUCGCCCUACCCGACGACUCACUACAUGGCGGCCGGGAGCAACUCCAGCCCCACGGCCCCUUCCUCCAACGCAACCUACCAGCUGCAGGAGCCCCCCUCCGCCGUCGCCAACCAAGCCGCCAUCGACCCCUCCGCAGCCGAAUAUGGAACGAUCCACAGCCCGUCGACGACCAUCAAGGAAUCCGACUCGGAUCGGCUGCGCCGCGCUCCGGAUGGGAAGUCCCGGGGCCGGGGCCGAAGGAACAACAACCCUUCACCGCCGCCGGACUCCGACCUGGAGAGGGUGUUCAUCUGGGACCUGGACGAGACCAUCAUCGUUUUUCACUCCCUCCUGACCGGCUCCUACGCCAACAGAUAUGGCCGGGACCCACCCACGUCGGUCUCACUCGGGCUGCGAAUGGAGGAGAUGAUUUUCAACUUGGCAGACACACACCUGUUCUUCAAUGACCUGGAAGAGUGCGACCAGGUUCACAUAGACGACGUCUCCUCCGACGACAACGGCCAAGACCUGAGCACCUACAACUUUGGCAGUGAUGGCUUCCCGGCGGCAGCUACAAGCGCCAACCUUUGCCUGGCGACGGGCGUGCGAGGAGGCGUGGACUGGAUGAGGAAACUGGCCUUCCGCUACCGCCGCGUGAAGGAGAUCUACAACACCUACAAGAACAACGUCGGAGGUCUCCUCGGUCCGGCCAAGAGAGAAGCUUGGCUGCAGCUGAGGGCCGAGAUCGAGGCGUUGACGGACUCUUGGUUGACUCUCGCCCUGAAGGCCUUGACGCUCAUCCACUCCAGGACCAACUGCGUCAAUAUCCUGGUCACGACGACUCAGCUGAUCCCGGCGCUGGCCAAGGUCUUGCUGUACGGCCUAGGUGUCGCCUUCCCGAUCGAAAACAUUUACAGCGCAACCAAAAUAGGGAAGGAGAGCUGUUUCGAGCGGAUAAUCCAGAGGUUUGGAAGGAAGGUGGUGUACGUGGUGGUCGGCGACGGCGUGGAAGAGGAGCAGGGGGCCAAAAAGCACGCGAUGCCGUUCUGGAGGAUCUCUAGCCACUCGGACCUGAUGGCCCUCUACCACGCCCUGGAGCUCGACUACUUGUAG